CUCAUUAUCACCAUCGUCAUCAUCGUCGUUAUUGUUUUCAACAAUACCAACAAUUAGAACAACAUCGUCCAUCAUAGAUACAGAAGUAUCAAAAAUUGAUUACACAACAACGGCAACAUUACACGAUACCGAUAUAAUGUCAAUAUUAAAUGUUUAUUAUCCAUAUAAUCUUUUAUUUAACGAGCUUAAUGAUAAUAAUAAUGAUUCAACAAUAAUAAUGACCACAACAACAAUGCCAACACCAUCAUCACAAAUAACAAGCAAUUAUUUUGAAUCAAUUCCGAAACCAUUGCACCAAAAACAAUUACCCGAAAACGAUAAAUCAUCAUCACCAACAUCAACAAUGACAUCCAGUGAUAUAGAUUCAAUUACAUUUUCAAGUGAUUCAACAACAACAAAAACAACAACAACACUGACUGUGGUCACAUCAUUAUCAAACCAUGAAUAUGAUAGAAAUAAUAAUUCUGUUGAUAUUAAAAAUAAUACUGAUCCUGGAUUCAUGGAAUUAACAGUUGUUGAUCAUGCCAUCAUAUUGAUUGGUGGAUCAUUAUCAUUAAUUACAAUAUUGGGAAACGUUUUAGUGAUGGUAGCAUUCAAAAUUGAUCGCCAAUUACAAACAAUUUCAAAUUAUUUCUUAUUAUCAUUAGCUGUUGCUGAUUUUCUUAUCGGUUUCAUUUCGAUGCCAUUAUCAUUGAUUUAUAUUGUUGCCGAUGGUUGGCCAUUAGGCUAUUCAAUCUGUGAUAUUUGGUUGGCCAUCGAUUAUCUUAAUUCCAAUGCAUCUGUAUUAAAUCUGUUAUUAAUAUCAUUUGAUCGUUAUUUUUCGGUUACACGGCCAUUAACCUAUAGAGCCAAAAGAACUACGCGCCGUGCUUGUAUAUUUAUUUCAUUUGCUUGGAUAGUAUCGGCAUUAUUAUGGCCACCGUGGAUAUUUGCCUGGCCAAAGAUCGAAGGUCGCCGUACAGUGCCUGAACAUCAAUGUUAUAUACCAUUCCUUGAAUCGAACAUUUGGGUGACAACCAUAACCGCUAUAAUGGCAUUCUGGAUUCCAGUAACCAUCAUGUGCAUCCUUUAUUGGCGUAUCUGGCGAGAGACAGAAAAUCGUUAUCGUGAGCUCACAUCAUUAGUGGUUAUAUCACCGGCAACAACCAAUCAACCAACGGCGACGAUUGCAACGACAACAACAACUUCCAUAACAAAAUCAUCAACACCAACUGCCAGUGGCACGUUGACUGGUGGAACAAAUAUCGCAUUACCAACCACUAGUGAUUCACGAAGUAAGAUUAAAUUGAAAUCUACUACGAAUAAUAGUCCUAUUGGCGAUGAUAAGAAAUGUCAUCAUCAAAAUUCGAAUCAAAAUCAAUCGACCAAAGCUCAUAAACGUCCGAGCCAUUUACCAAACUGCCCACGUAGUUUGAUAUACCGUAAUAAAGUUCGAACAAGUCAGAUAGUUGUGUCAACGGCCACUUCUCAACAAGAAAUCGGCAAAGAUUCUGAACAACAAAAAACUUGCGGUAUCGGUUUUGUACGACCAUCACAUGGCCGUACAUCACGACUUCGUAGCAAUAAUAAAACGCCAUCGAUUUCGAUUGUUGGUCGAGCAAUGUCACAUACAUCUAUUGGUCAACAAUCAUAUGUUGAACCGGCGCCAAAAAUAUUCUCUACACAUGAUUAUGGGGAUGAGAUUAAAUUGGAAGAUAUUCCAAAUCCAACUGAAGGAUUAGUUUGUCUCAAAUCACCUGCAACUAUUGUUGGACAAGAUUUAGAUGUUGAAGAUUAUGAAAAUGAGCUAUUAGAAAUUGCAGCAGCUGCAUCAGCGACUGAUAUUGGUUCAAUAGCAUCGGAAUCUCGAAGAUCAUCUUUAACAUUCUUGGGUUGGAUCUGGAAUCGGCUUACAUUCAAUAAUACCAGACAUAAACGUUGUAGCAGCGAUAGUAGUAAACAUAGUAAAAGGUCACAAUUAAAGAAAAAAUAUUCGAUACAAGAAUUGCAAUCAGGUGUUGUUACAGCGACCGAAACAACAUCAGCAAUUAAAUGUCCAGGUUGUGCUUAUAGAUUACGACGAUUACGUAGACGACGUCAAUUACAAAAAAUGAAACAGAUUCGUCAACAAAAAAGCCUAGAAUUAGAGCAGCCAUCGACAAAUAUUCGACCACGAAUGAUGGAUAUGCCUUCAAAAUCGAUCGAUCAUUCAUUAGACAUGUCAACGAUCAAACAAACGGGAAUUAAUUAUCAUAUAAGAGAAAUGGAAUCAAUCAAUGAUGAUAAUACACAAUCGGAUAGUUCAAUAUAUACGAUUGUUAUAAAAUUACAGGAUCCAAAAGAUUUCAAUCAUCAUGAUAAUCAACGAAGCGGCGAAUCAAUUAAAAUGUUACGAUCACAUCGAUCAAAACGGUCAUCAUCAACAUCAUCAUCAGCGAUCCGACAAGAUUCUGCUACUGGUAUAAUAUCGGAUGAACUACAAUCGAUAUCAAUCAUUGCUAAGGAUAAUAAACGUAAUGUCGAUCGACAAGAACAAUUGGGAACAAAUAAUAUUGAUGAAUGUCAUCAUGGUGCACAUAUAUUACAACAUCAACAAUCGACAACAACAUCACAAACAUCAACAACAAUGACACCAGCAUUAUUAUCAUCAUCAGCCGCAUUCACACGUGUGCGUGCAACAUUUCAACCAAAAUCUGAACGUAAAGCUGCAAAAACAUUGUCAGCCAUUUUACUUGCAUUCAUUGUCACAUGGACACCAUAUAAUGUUCUUGUAUUAUUGAAAACAUUCUAUACUGGUUUAAUCGAUCCAGAAGGUGUUUGGUGGCAAUUUGCAUAUUUUCUUUGCUAUGUUAAUUCUACAUUAAAUCCAUUACUUUAUGCAUUGUGUAAUACAAAUUUUCGCCGUACAUAUAUAAGAAUAUUAACUUGUAAAUUUCGUCGUGGUAAUCAACCAAGUUCAAUUGGAUCAGCUGCAGCCGCUGUACAUCAUGCACGUCGUCAACAACAACAACAACAACAACAGCAACAACGUAAUGAACAAUUAAUGCAUCAUCGUGAUCUAUUACAUCAAAAUCAACGUUCAAUACAUCAAAGUAUUCAUCGUAUACAUGGACAUAUACAUAGUGGUGGUGGUGGUGGUGGUAGUGUUGCUUCUGCUGCUGGCAGUAGUGUUGUUGUUGGCCAUCAUCAUCGUGAUCAACAACAACAUCAUCAAUUGCAAUCAAAUAAUACA